AUGGAUGCGACUCUGCCUCGGCCAACUCGACCCAACGCCGAGACCAGAAAUGCCAAUGUCUCCGUCGACGUUGGCUUCGACGUUGGCUUCGACGAUGCCAACAGACCGAGAGCGAGCGAGAAAAGAGGCCCUUCGGCUCCCGGAUCCGCAGCUGCUCGAGGCCCGGCGACGCUGGUUCCGGGCGAUGCUCAAUCCAUCCAAGGCCGGUUCCGCCUCUCAGCCAUCAAGCACCACCGCCCCACGUCUCAAUUGCAGCAGGCCUGCCUAAAGUACGCCGAAGGAAGCAGCUCAAGACGCCAAAUAGGCGAGACAGCGAGCGGCCAGGUCCACGGCGUGCCGGUGCUUUGGGCUGGAAUGCUAGGCCGGCAACUGAAGCACAUGGAGCUAUUUUCGGUUGCGACCUGCAGUCAUGCCUCGCUCUCCCUGCCGUUGACGCUGGUUCUCUUUGCUUUUCCGUUUCUCAUUUACCGGACCGGCCAAUGCUACCUGGUGCCCGAAUAA